UUUUUCUGAAGAGCAGACGUAGCAAACAAUGAUGCGUGCGUUUAUUGUACUCGUCCUCGCCACUGUGGCAUGCGCUAAGCUAGCACCACUGCAAUCACACGGAGCAGACAGCAUCCCCGGAAAGUACAUCGUUGGACUAAAGGGUAAAUAUGACUUGAGUGGCAUCCCAGAAGAGUUCUUGUCCAAGGUCAUCAGGAAGUUCAGAAACAUAAAGGCAUUCGUUGCGAAUCUUGACGAGAAUGCACUGCAGAAGAUCCGUCAACUCGACAUUGUUGACUAUGUUGAGGAAGACAGCAUUGUCAGAACUCAGGCCGUCACCUGGGGCCUGGACCGUGUAGAUCAAAGAAACCUGCCACUGGACGGUGGCUUCUCUGUUAGUGGUACUGGAUCAGGUGCCCACAUCUACGUCAUCGACACCGGCAUCAAUCCAUCCCACAAUGACUUUGGUGGACGUGCUUCCAUUGCAUAUGACGCCACCAGAAAUGGUGAUGGUGCUGACUGCAACGGACAUGGAACCCAUUGCGCUGGAACCACUGCCAGCAACACAUGGGGUGUUGCCAAAGGCGCCAAUAUCUACGGAGUACGUGUCCUUGGUUGUCUUGGAGCUGGGAGCAGCUCUGACAUUAUAGAGGGUAUAGACUGGGUUGCCUCUAAUGCAAAAACCCCUUGCGUCGCAUCCAUGUCUCUUGGUGGUGGUGCGUCCACAUCUACAGAUAACGCUGUUGCAAGAUUGGCCGGUAAAUGCGUAGUGUCGGUUGCCGCUGGAAACAGUGACGCUGAUGCAUGUAACUACUCGCCAGCAAGAAGCAGUGAUGCCAUCACUGUCGGAGCUACAACUAUUGGUGGUAUAUGGUCCUCUUAUGAUGACAGAUCAUCUUUCUCCAACUACGGCAGCUGUGUCGAUAUCUUCGCUCCAGGUUCUGACAUCACGUCAACAUGGCACAGCAGCAACACUGCCACCAACACCAUCAGUGGCACCUCCAUGGCUUGUCCACACGUCUCUGGUGUUGCAGCAGUUCAUCUAGGCAACGGUGUCAGCAGAAGAAAUGUCAGGUCUAAGAUCUUGAGUGAUGCCACCUCUGGAGUUGUCAGCAACGCUGGAAGUGGUUCUCCGAACCUCAUGCUUUAUUUAGCUUAAGUCAGUUAUUUUGGACAGGUUUAAUUAUAUGUAUUAAUAUCUCUCUGAACAACCUCCUGUUAUGGAGUCACAUUUCAGUAUUAUUAUUACGAUAUAAAGAAUUUCAUGAACUAUGAAUAAUUAUAAAAAUGCAAUAUGGAUUUCAAAAUGACUAUGGUAGGCCUAUUGAUUAUGGAGGAUCGGGGUUUUCGUGGUGUUGUAUUGCACGACGACAGAGGAAUGACCGGUAUUGAACAUAUAUGAUUUGUUGCGCUCAACCAAAAGUCAUUCUAGAACAUAGAAUCUGUAGUUACUUAACUGUAAAAUCUUUCAUGUAAUAAAUAAAAAAUAUAAGAAUUAUUA